GCGUGUCAGACACUCAGACUGUUGUAGCCGCGACUCCCGAGUCCCGACGACUCGCGCGGUCGCGCCCCUCGCCUCCUCCGCUGAUCCGGCUGGUCUUCCCCGUCGGCAUCGCACCUCCGGAAAUCUCAGGCUUGUCCCUCCACUGCCUCGGCCAUGGCGGUGCGAGCCACGGUCUCCCGCUUCCCGGCCACGCCGGAGGCGCUGGAGUCGUGCGCCGUCCAGUGGGGCGUCGCCGUGACGCCCUUCGCCGCCGCCGACGAGCGCGGCCAGCCGCCGACCACCGGCGCCGGCGGGGACCGCGUCCCGCGCUGCGAGCACUGCUGGGCGUACCUGAGCAGCCACUGCGAUCUGGAGCGCUGGGGCUGGACCUGCGCGCUCUGCGGCACGCUCAACGGAUUCGACGACGAGACCGAGCGACGGUUCCAGCGACCCGCCGCGUGCCCCGAGCUCAACUCCUCUUUCGUCGACCUCGAGAUCCCAGUGGAUGAGGCAGAGGGUGGAGGAGAUGGCGUGCAGGCGCUGCCUGUUUAUGUGGCCGCAGUGGAUCUCGCAUGUUCCGAAGACUUCCUGGAACUCAUCAAGAGUGCGCUUCUUGCGGCCUUAGAAGCUCUUAUUCCGGGCUCCCUAUUUGGGCUUAUGACAUUCAGCCACAAGAUUGGGUUGUAUGAUGUCCAAGGUCCGAUUCCACUCGUAAAAAAUGUUUUUAUUCCUCCGGACUUAGAAGAAGAUGGCCUGCCUGUUGCCCUUGAAGAUGCCAUGCCCCUACAUUCUUUUUUGGCUCCAGUAUGUUACAAAACUACAGCUGAAUUACAAAGAGAUUUAGACAUGAACUUAUUGCCUAAUGGCAAGAUAAUUUAUGGGCAGGUUGACACAUGCAAGGAUCGAAUUGCUGCUGCUCUGGAGACACUGCGACCUACAUCUUCAUGGGAGAGAGGUGCUGCUUCUGGGCAGGAAGAGGAUACUGUUUUGCUCGGAGGACGAGGUUUUGGGACAGCCAUGUCUGCUUUAAUUGAGUACCUAAGUUCAGAAUAUGGUUCUACUUUUGCUUUAGCUCGGGUUUUUGCUUUUCUGUCUGGUGCUCCUGAUUAUGGAGCUGGUCUGCUAGAUACCAGGAGAUAUGGGGAGCAAUAUGCUAGUAAAGGGGUAGAUGCUGACCUUGCAUUACUCCCUGAACAGAUACCUUUCUACAGAGACCUAGCAGCUGUUGCUGUUCAAUCAGGAGUAUGCGUAGACAUAUUUGCUGUAACUGAUGAAUACACUGAUUUGGCUUCACUGAAGUUUUUAAGUAUUGAAAGUGGUGGAUCUUUAUUUCUUUAUGCAAAUACAGACGAUUCAACGCUUCCCCAAGACAUAUACCGCUUGCUAAGUCGACCCUAUGCAUUUGGUUGUGUUCUAAGGCUCAGAACAUCUUCAGAUUUUGAACCAGGCAAUUCUUAUGGGCAUUUCUUCCCUGACCCUCAAUAUGAAAAUGUGCAACACAUCAUCUGCUGUGAUUCAUUUGCCACUUAUGCUUAUGACUUUGAGUUUGCCCAUAACAACGGUUUCUCCAGGCACACAGAUCCUGCUGUUGUCCAGAUCGCUUUUCAGUACAGCGUGAUUGAACCUGUCAAGGAGACAUUAGGCAAUGGUUCACAAUCAUCUGCAAGUUACAAGUUCUGUCUAAAGAGGCGGUUGAGAAUAAGAACAUUGCAGUAUCGUCCAGCUAGUAAUAUCAGUGAAAUUUAUGACAGUGUAGAUCCAGAGGUUGUACUGCAUAUCCUUGUUCAUAAGGUUAUUUUAGAAUCUUUGGAUAAAGGUGUUAGAGAAGGCAGGCAUCAAGUGCAUGCUUGGCUAUCCCUCCUUGCAGCCCGGUAUAAUCAGGCUCUGAGCUCUGAUGUGCGAACUCCGCUAUCGAGCAUUGACAUUGACUUCUCACAGUGCCCACAGCUUCAAACGAUACCUCAACUUGUUUUUGCAUUGUUGAGAAGCCCUCUUCUUCGCUUGCAUGAAGAAGGCGUACACCCAGAUUACAGGAUAUAUCUACAAUGCCUUUUCAGUGCACUGGAGCCAUCUUCUCUAGCUAAAGCCGUAUAUCCAGUUUUAGUAUCGUAUUCCUCACCUGACAAGCAAGCAUUCCCACGACACACUCUGAGCCGUGCUGCUCUAAUAAUGAGCGAAAGUCCAAUAUUUCUUCUCGACACAUUUACCAACCUUAUUGUUUACUAUUUGUCAACUGCUGAUCCUUCAAUUCCUUUUCCUCCACCCCGUGACUGUCUUUUGAGAACAACAAUCAAUAGACUGAAGCAGGACAGAUGUAUAACCCCAAAGCUUACAUUCAUCCAUGGAGGGAAAGAUGAUUCAACAUUGUUUGAGAGCUAUCUCAUUGAAGAGCAAGAUGUUGAUGGAUCAGGCUUUACUACUGGUUCAGGUUUUGUAGCCUUCCGUGAGAGCGUGAGGAAUGUUGCAGGGGAGAUCAUCCAGGAAGAAAUUGGAAGUUAGUUUCAGCUCGAUCACACUUUUGGUUCAGCUGCAGAGUGUAUUGACUAGGAUGCUACCUUAGUUAAUGCCAUCGUAGUUAACUGAAACUUAGAUAGCCAAAAUGGAGAAACAAUGUCAAUGAAUAAUAAAAGGAGGCCACUUGAUAUAUAGUUACUUCUGUCAAUAACUGCUUUAGAAUUGAUGUCAGAGAAGCCUUUCUGGUACAGGGGUACCAGGUCUGUCUCUCCAUGCUAAAAGAGACGAGUUUUACUACAACAAUACACCGUGGGAACCUGGUUAUCUGAAUUUUGGGAGAAUUCAAAUUUUGGCGGAUACCAGUGCUGCUGUCUAUUCUGAGUAAAUUGCAUCCACCAUACAACUUUUAUGGUUGUAUCACUUUGAUCCAGCAAGUUGCAAACCAGGUAAGCAAAUGUGUGAACUUGUCAAAUAUGUGUAUCUAUGGUCAUAUGUACGCGUAGCCUUGUUGGCUUGAGCUUAUUAGCCGAAUCUGUCAGCCA